GUAAACACUGUAUCUAAUUGCUUAAUUAGACACAAAGAUAAAACUACUGCUUAUGUUGUAAAUGUAAAAGCGACUCUUCAUCAUUUCAUAUCAACAGAAAAACCCAAACCGACUGUGAGUGUAAAUCCUCAGAGCUCCGUCUACACUGGAGACAGAGUUACUCUGACCUGUAAUCUGCUGUCUACUGGAUGGACUUUUCUCUGGUACAAAGAUUAUCAGGAAUUAAAUCCCCUGUCUCCUGGAACCACAGACACCAACACACUCAGUGUAACAGUCUCUAAUGUAGGAGUAACAAAGUAUGACUGUAAAGCACGCAGGGGAAACUACGACUCAGCGUACAGUGAUCUAGCCACAAUUACAGUGAGAGCGAGACCAAAGCCUGCAGUGAAAGUACAGCCAGCUGAGCGUGUGUUCAUUGGGGAAACCGUCACUCUCACAUGUGAGAUACAGACUGGAGAAUCCUGGCGUUACCUCUGGUAUAGAAAUAAUGAAGAACUCAGUGAUGCUGCAGGAAAGAAAACACACACAAUCACUGAUAUUGAAGAGUCUAAUAAGGGUGAUUAUACAUGUAAAGGAACACAGUCAUCAGACCCAGAAUACACACAGACCAGUGAUGCUGUUACACUGACUGUAUCAGAAAAACCUAAACCUGAACUCACAUCAAGCCUUAAAGGAGAUGUACUGACAGGAAACUCAGUGAAUCUGUCCUGUACACUGACGCCGCAGUCUGCUGGAUGGAAGUUUUACUGGAUCAAACCCACACAGAGCACUGAGACUGAAACUGAAACACACCACUACACCAUCAGCUCAGUUAGAGUCUCUGAUGGAGGUCAGUACAGGUGCAGAGCUGGAAGAGGAAACCCAGUCUACUACACACACUACAGUGAUGCACUCUGGGUAAAUGUUACUGAGAGUCCUAAAGCUGUGGUGAUUAUAAAGCCUGAUAAACAUGUGUUCAGUGGAGAGACUGUGACUCUCAGAUGUGAAAUACAGGGAGGAGGAGACACUGAGUGGACAUACAGCUGGUAUAAGAAAGAUAACACACUCUACCCAUACCGCACAACACAGGAGUUCAGCUUCAGCUCAGUUAUAACUGAUAACAGUGGUGAAUACACCUGCAGAGGGUGGAGACGCAGUGACAAUCAGAGCUCAGAGAUCAGUGAUGCUGUUACACUCACUGUAUCAGAUGCAGCAGAGGCAGUAGUGAGUGUGUCUCCACUGCGCUGGCUGACUGAAGGAGACUCAGUGACUCUAAGCUGUGAGGUUAAACACUCCUCUACAGGCUGGACAUUCAGCUGGUACACUGCUGUUCCCUACAGAAACGGCUUAAUUGAAGUAACAGGCCAUCGUGGCAAUGUCUUGUAUGGUUUAGAGCUCCUCUCAGACAGCAGCAGAGGAUCUGGAGGCUCCUACACUCUCACUAAUGUUACUGUGAAUCACACAGGAGUUUAUAUGUGCAGAGCAGAGAGAGGAGAAUCAGUCUUUCACACACGGGACAGUAACCUACAGCCACUGUGCAUCACUGGUGAAUCUCCUCCAGUGUCUCUGAUCAUCAAUCCCAGCAGAACUCAACACUUUACUGCUGACUCUCUCUCACUGAGCUGUGAGGACCAGAGUGACUCUACUGGAUGGACAGUGAGAGGAUACACACACAAUGAGGCAGUGUCUGAUUGUUCAUCAGUUUCAGGAUCUACAUGUAACAUCAGCUCCAUCUCUACAUCACACACUGGAGUUUACUGGUGUCAGUCUGAAUCUGGAAGACGCAGUAAUCCUGUCAACAUCACACUGCACAAUGGCAGUGUGAUCCUGGAGAGUCCUGUCCAUCCUGUAACUGAGGGACGUCCUCUGACUUUACGCUGUUUACAUCGCAACUCAAAGAUCUCAGACUCCGGUGUUGAUUUCUAUAAAGAUGAUUCAGUUCUCCAGUCCCAGACUACAGGAGAAAUGACCAUCAGUACUGUCUCAAAGUCAGAUGAAGGUUUCUACCACUGUAAGCACCCAGAGAGAGGAGAGUCACCGAAAAGCUGGGUUUCAAUCAGAGUUUCAGCUUCAGCCGGAUCCAAUGCUGUAAUUAUAGGACUGAGUUUGGCCUUCUUGUUUGUCAUCUUAAUGAUCAUACUGAUCCUGCUGCUGCACUUCAAGAAGAAAAAAGGUGUAGAAUAUCAGCCUCCUUCUACAGUAAAUCAGGACACCAGUCAGCCUGCAGAUGGUGAAAAUGUCUAUGAAAAUGUUGCUGUCAGGACCACAGUUGAUUCUGCAGCUGGCUCUAGCAGUACUAGCAUGUACUCACAGGUUGUGACUAGAAAAAAAAAACAAAAUGAUGAUGCAGUCAGAAGGCCAGAUGAUGUGAUAUAUUCCCAAAUUGAGAUGAAAAAUGUUAACCCUCACAGUAAAGAUGACUCUGCAUCAAGACCAAGUGAUGUGGUUUACUCUAUGAUUGCAUCUAAAAACAUGAGACCCAAUGAUGAUGCCAGCAAACUCGAUGAUGUGACUUAUGCUGAUAUUGACCUGAAAAAACCAAAGAAACCAAACAGAAAACAAGGAAAGCGCACUGAGGGAGCUGACACUGUUUACUCAGAACUGAAGCAGAACACAGAUAAAGGAGAUUUCACUGAAACUGCUGAUGCAACUUAUGCCCAGGUUAGGAAAAAGGGCAAAAAGUAUAAUGCAGGUAGGCGUAAUUCUGUAAUAAUCUCUGUUCAUUUCCAUGUUGAUAAAUGAGGCCUAUUCAAGUAUUAAUUUACUCAUAAAUUGGUUGUAGUUACUGCGAUUUUACAUAUAAAUUACACUGUCAAGUUUAAACAUUAAUUCAGUUAAAUAAACAUGCCAAAUUUUGAAACGCAAUCAUUCAUAUUAAUGACUUAAAAGAAAGCAAGCCAAAACAAAUCCAUAAAUUAAGACAAAUAAUACUAAACAAUCAAUUAGGGCACUGUACACCAAUUAGAACCCUAUUAAAGAAGGACGAAUUAGUCUGUUCCUAUGAAAAAUUGUCAACAGCAAUGGCUGAUCUGCAUUAGUGGAAUGACACAAGACAGAUAUUUUAUUAUGUCAUCUACACAAAAUAGCCUAUAGCAUUGAAGUAUGGGAGUGUAUUUUCAAGAUAUAUUAUUUCCAAAUUAAAAACAGAAGUUUGAUUGCAUAAGUAUUCUCCUCCAUUGCUGUUCAAGCAAUUGAUAGCUAUUAAUUGUCAGCUUUCUAAGAAGGAUUUUCAAUUGGCUCUGGGUUCAUUACUCUUUAUUGUCCCCUAGAGGAAUAACAAACUAGCACUUAAAAAAUCUUUUGAUUAGAUUACUGUUCACAAGACUAUUUAAAUUUAGAACACAUAUGCUAAGUUAAUUUGUUGGACAAGUUUAGAACCAUUUUCUAGCUGAUCUUGGACUGCAGACUGUAUGUUUGACAACCCUGAUAUAGUGCAUGUCAUGUUUAAGAAGUGCUUUUUCUUUUUAACAUUUUCAGCUCUCUGUGAGCUUCACCUAUAAUGAGUUUUGUGGCUUUCACC